ACGAGGAGAGAUUUAAAGGCCACCAUUGGACGCUUGUGCUCCAUGUGACUCCGCCGUAUGUUCUCGGGGCCGCUCCUUUCCCGAGGCCCGGACGCCAUGUGAUUGGUCUCCUUGCCUCUGGGUGUUUAGCGUCGACGGACCCUCUCCGGACCCCCCGUGCCGCACCAUGAAGUUCAGGGAUCAGGUGAGCCAGCUGUCCGAUUGGUUCCGGGGCUGGAACGAGUGCGAACAAACCGUGGCUCUGCUGUCUCUUUUGAAGAGGGUCUCGAGGACUCAGGCCCGCUUUCUGCAGCUCUGCCUGGAGCACUCGCUGUCCGACUGCAGCGAGAUCCACGUCCUGGAGACGGAGGCCAACAGCGCGGCUCUGAUCAGCCAGUGGCACCAGGAGCCCAAGGAGGUGGUGAUCUCCCUGCUACUGACCCACCUGCCGCUCCUGCAGCCGCGCAACACGGAGGCCAAGUGCGAGUACAUGAAGUUACUGCAGAAGGUGCUGGCGUACAGCACCGAGUGCAACCAGUACAUCGAGGAGAGCCGCCAGCUGCUGUCCUACGCGCUCAUCCACCCGGCCACCUCGCUCGACGACCGCAACUCGCUGGCUUUAUGGCUCAACCACCUGGAGGAGCGACUCUCCACGGGCUACGGCCGCCACGGCAGGGCGGACACUCCGGGCACGCACGUCCGCCACGGAUCUGACGAGUGGCAGAUUCCGGCGGAAAGCGGCGUCGGGGAGGCGGGUCACGGCUGGCAGGACAAACCUCUCCGAGAAAAUGGACUCUUACCCUUCCAUUCGUCCGGCUCUGUUCCCUCUGCCAUCCCCAGUGUCGGAGGCAGUACAGUUCUCUCUUGCCAAAUGCACCCGAGCCCCCUGAAACGCUCCGUGUCCCUCAUUCCCACUUCCCAGCAGACCCCCGGAGAGUGGCUUGGGGCUGACGAUGGGACGGGGCGCCCGCUCUUUGCCCCCACGGAGCUCGCGCCCCUCUCCCCGCAGAACAGCGUGACUUCUUCCGGCAGCGAGCAGACCGAGGAGCUGAGCUCCGGACGCAACACAUUCCAGGAGGACGGGAGCGGCAUGAAAGAUGUCCCCACUUGGCUGAAGAGCUUGCGAUUGCACAAAUAUGCAUCUCUUUUCUCUCAAAUGAGCUACGAGGAGAUGAUGACGCUAACGGAACAGCACCUCGAGUCACACAACGUCACCAAAGGUGCGCGGCAUAAAAUCGCGCUGAGCAUCCAGAAGCUCCGCGAGCGGCAAAGCGUCCUGCGCUCUCUGGAGAAGGACAUCCUGGAGGGGGGCAACGUGCGGAACGCUCUGCAGGAGCUGCAGCAGAUAAUCAUCACCCCUAUUAAAUAUUACCGGCCGAACCCCACGGAGAUCGGCAGCGAGCAGCCCCCGCCGCGCAGGCCCAGCCAGGACGUGGCCUCCAAAGCCUCCGAUGAGAACGAGCCGCCUCCGGGCCUCAACAACGAUGGCUACCAACAGCAAAGCGCCCCAGCCUGUGACACGGAGACUGCCGUGCCCCCCAUCGCCGAGGGGGAUAUCCCGGGGCAACUCACCAGGGUGUUGGGCAAAGUCUGCACUCAGCUUCUCGUUUCCCGACCUGAUGAGGAGAACAUCGCGUGUUACCUGCAGCUCCUGGACAAGUGCCUGACACAUGAGGCUUUCACAGAGACGCAGAAGAAGAGGCUGCUUUCCUGGAAGCAGCAGGUGUUGAAACUUCUCCGCACUUUUCCUCGCAAGGCGCUGCUGGAAAUGCAGGGGUACAGACCACAGAAGGGGUGCAGCUGGGCCUUUGCUUCCAACUCCCUCCCCAUAGCUGGAUCUGUGGGGGCCUCCUUGGCGCGGAGGGGUCAGCGGGCCUUUCAGUUGCCUCCUCGGGCUUCCCCGUCCUCUCGGAUGGGAGUAUUGAGUCCAGGGUCCAUCGGGGGGCUGUCUCCGCGGCACGCGCUGACCACCCCGAGCUCUGGAAGCCAGGGUCGGCAGAACCUGUGGUUUGCCAAUCCGGGGGGCAGUAACAGCAUGCCGUGCCAGAGCCACAGCUCGGUGCAGCGCACGCACUCGCUCCCGGUGCACACCUCCCCGCAGAGCAUCCUGAAAUUCCCCCCGGAUUGCCAGGUCCCCGGGACGGAUUUAGAGAUUAAUCCCCGGCUGGAGUCUCUGUGCCUCAGUAUGACGGAGCAUGCGCUGGAGGAGGGGACGGACAAGACCUCGACGAUCUGAUCCUGGAGCCCAUUCCUUAGAAGACCAACUGUGGACUCUCAUGUAGCCGUCACCCCGCGUCACCGGCCGGCGAAGGCGUCACCGUCACCACGUCACCCACCCGCUGCGUUCUAAUACUUGUUUGAGCUGUUGUAAUGUUUAACUUUGGUUUAAUAUCCAAAUACAGGAAAGUGCCGCUAAGCAUCGCAAAAAAGGAGCUUCCUCUGUCUACGUGGUUACCGCGGCAACGUGCCCUGUUUCGGAAGGAGUCCUGCGCCCUGCCCUGGUGUGGUCACAGCGGCCCCGUAGCGGUGGUCACAGCGGCCCCGUAGCGGUGGAAAGGAGGGACUCGCGCAUACAGGGUCGAGGAGAAGAUUCGCUUUCUGAAAGCUUGUGGAGCCAGGAGCCCACAAGACGGAAUCCACGAACACUACACAAGGGUGCGCUAACCCACCUCGGCCCCUGAAUCCAGGUGUCCCUGCUGGGGUGGAAGAGGAGCGUAAAUCUCAGGAGGCACUGCAGGGGCCGGAGCCUUACAAUGCGGAGCAUCAGCCCCACCCCCGAACAGCGUGCGUCAGGUUCCCUCCCUGCGUCCUCUUCCUCUCCCCCUCAUCUCGCUUUGGAAGAUUUGGGACUCACCCCUGUGCCACAUGUGGAGCGUGAGGCCACAGACAUGCGCGGUGCCAACUGAGAUCGCUGUGACCUCCAAAGUAUUUUCAGAAUAGCGCUAUUUAUUUCUAACAUAGAAACACAUCUCCUUUCAGAUAGAAAACAAAAAAUGUUAUUUUAGAUACAUUUUAUUAUGAAUAACUUUUGUUAUGACUAUGGCUGGUAACCAUGACUACAAAAUUAUUAAAAUAAAAGUGAAAAAUA